AUGUUGCCAAACCCUGAAUUCAAGUGGAAAAAGCAGCCUCAAAUUCAUGUAUGGAGAAAGCAAUCUAAUGAUGGGGAAGUCUCAGUCAAAUUGGAAUCAUAUGACCCAAAUGAAAGUGUUACUCUUUUUGAAGAAGCAUUGAGGAAUAAUGAGGAGGCUGUCCAGGAUUCAGUUUCUGCUACAGUUUGUUGUUUCUUCUCGUUUGGCUUUCUGGUUGAUCUGUGGUGUGCUUUCAGCCAGUGUGUUGCCUUCCAGCUUGAGUUGUUUUGCAAAUUGCUUCCUUUGGACAGUUCAGCAUCGGACCCUUGCUUGGUUCAGCUGUCUACUUUUGUGGUUCCUAGUAGCCACAAUGAUGGUCAUCGAAGUGGACAUGGUAAUCGUGCAGGUCGGGGAGGUCAUAUUGAAAGUCGUGGGGGCCGUAGUGAACUCGUUCCUGUAUUCACAGUGGUCUUGGAGGGCACACUGUUGAUUUUUUGUUGGGAUUUACAUGAAAAGCCAUCUAGUGUUGUUAAGCAGGUCUCUUAUCUGGAUGGCACAUUGGGUGUUGCUUUUAUACCUCGGUCAGCACCACAUGAUUUUGGAUCAGUUACUAUUACAAUAGAGGAGUAUGCCUAG